GCAAAACAAACCAGGCAACAGCCUUGGAGAGGGAUUGUUCGUUCGUUCUUUUGCUUGUCCGAGGUAGUUGGUUUUCAACUGUCUCUUCCCUUCUUUUGGCUCUUUCUCCACACUCUUUUGAGACGUCGCGUGCCCUCCCUCCCCCCCAUCUUUGCAGUCGUGUGCAUCCACGUCAGCUCGUCGAAUCGAAGCUCUUUCACAGCCACGCUACAUAAUAGACCGGCUUAUUCCCCAGGAUUUCCCAUACUUAAUAACUAGUCCUGGGUCUGCUCGUAUACCCCGAAAACAAGCCUUGUGAAACGGGAAUCCGCCUUCUUGGACUUUUGUACCGUUGUACUAGGUUGGACACGCGACACCACGAUUCUAUCCGUAGCCAAUCCUUUUUCGUCUCGAGCAACAUCAGAUGGCGGCAGCUACACCAGAAUGGAGCAGCAAGCCUGCGUGGAAGCUGCCCGGCUGGGCUGAGCCUGUUAUGAUUAGUUCGAUCCUCUUCUUCGGCAUGUUCAUAACACGACGUCGGAACUUCCGCAUCUUCGACAAGUCAUCCCAACAGGCCGGUUACCUCAACACCGACUCGGAAGGGUCUACGGACCAUCUCCUCCCGCACAGCUCCGACGGCGACAGCGAAGUCGAUAGCAUCACAACGUCGAAAAACCCGCCCAAGAGACGCAAGCUAUGUUGCUGGAGGGUCGCAAUGCCAAACACUUCGCGCUUUCGCAACCACAUACACAGUCGCAUACUGCAGCGCUUUCCGUUCCUGAUUGAGAUGUUUUACUGGAUCAUCAACUACGCCUUCUACCGCAUGACUUCGGUGCUCUCUAGCAGACUCUUCGCAGGCCGAGGCAUCUGGGAUGUUUCGCAAGAUCACGGUAUCGCGGUCUUGGAUGCUGAGGCAAACGGCUUGCUGAGCUUUCUCUUUCCGGUCCGCGAGGUCGAUAUUCAGCAGUGGUUUAUGCAUGGCCAUCAGGAUGCGCUUACGGUGCUGAAUAAGUGCUAUGCGCUGGUUCACAUCCCCGGCACAGUAGGCUUCAUUUGCUGGUACUACUACGUCGCGCCCUCGUUCGACACCUUUUCCGUCGCCCGUCGAACACUGACACUCACCAACUUCUGCGCCUUUGUCACAUUCAUCUUCUACCCAUGCAUGCCGCCCCGCCUCCUCCCCACCGAAUACGGGUUCCUCGACACAGUACGCCACGACGACGCGCAAAGCGUGUGGAUGAGCGGCAAAUACGUCAACCAGCUCGCAGCGAUGCCAUCGAUGCACUUUGGCUACUCCUUCAUCAUCGGCAUGACGCUAAUCUACCACUCGGGCCUCUUCCGCCGCACACUGGAGCGCGGCGAAGUGCGCAAAAACGCUUUCUGGAAGAUCUUCUACCUGGUCAUCGGCAUUGGCUACCCCGCCUUCAUCCUGACCGUCAUCGUAGCAACGGCGAACCACUACUUCAUGGACGCUCUGGUCGCGACGUGCUUUGUUUUACUUUCCUUUGCAUGCAAUAAGAUCUUCUACGUCUUCAUCCCGCUCGAGGACUUGCUGCUGUUUGUCAUUAGGGCGGAGAAGCCGACGCCUUCGACGGGCGAUCGCUUCCAUGAGAAGGGCGGACGGUUGUAGUUUGUGGUGUGGCGAGGCUCGAUAUGGCGUUUUUGUUAUCCACUGAGUUGGAAUAGAGGGAUUGCUUUUGGGCAUGUUGUUACGCUGGGAUGGAUAACUACUUUUGCUUCUUCUUCUAGAUAUUGCGGCAUAAUAGGCGAGGGGUCGUCUUCGGAUCGGCGUUGUUGUCGUUGUCGUUGCUGUUGCUGUUGCUGUUGUUGCGGAUGCAGGAUACCAAUUUGGCAUUUGUUGGCUGGAGCGCUCCACCUAUUUGACUUAUCGAGUAUAAUCACGAAAUAUUACUGUGGCUACGCAAUCUUUU